AUGGGGUUUUAGUGUUCUAAAUGCUAAAUUAAUAAUGAGAAUGAACUCAUACAUGCAAACAAUGUAGUUACAGAACAUAAGCAUUGGAUCUAUAUGGAAAAUCUUGAUGAUAGUUUUGAAAGAGAUCCAAAUUAUCCACCUUCUACUACAUUAAACAAGACUUUGGAAGAAAAAACCAUUCAAUUUUCUAAACCUUAAAAAGAAAGCCAACAUACAACUAUGCCAUCAGAAAGCUACAAAUCCGAGGAGUUAUAAAUAGACGAGGAUUCCAAAUUUUUCGGAUAAAUCAAAGAUGGUUAAGCUAAUGGAAGUGGAAAAUUAUGGUUAAAAAACGGGGAUUAUUAUGAAGGUGAUUUCUUGAAUAAUUAUAUGCACGGUAAAGGUAUAUAUAACUAUAAAAAUGGACCGAUUUUCGAAGGUCAAUUUUUAUAUAAUAAACCAGAUGGAUUUGGUAUUGAGUCUUGGCCAGAUGGUUCUGUAUAUGAAGGGUGCUUUAAAGAAGGCAAAAAGAGUGGGAGAGGAUGUUAUAAAUGGUAUUAAGGGUGUGUUUAUAUUGGCGAAUGGAAAAAUAAUAAAAUUCAUGGCAAUGGAAGAUACGAUUGGCCUGAUGGAAGGUCUUACUCCGGGAGUUGGGUCAACAAUUAAAUGCAUGGUAGAGGGAAGUACAUUUGGUAGGAUGGUAAAUGCUAUGAUGGUGAAUAUUAAAAUGAUCGUAAACAAGGAUUCGGAAUAUUUUAUUGGCCAGAUUGCAAACAAUAUUAAGGUUAAUGGAAAGACGGAAAACAACAUGGAAAGGGUAUAAUGUUGUAUCCAGAUGGAAAAAAAAGGGCUGGACAAUGGGAAAACGGGAAACUGAUUAAAUACACUGAAGACGAUAAUAUUCAAAUAAUACCAGAAAACUGGUUACAAUAGUGA